AUGCUAACCUCCUUCGACGAGUGGCAGCACGCAGCUGCCUCCACCAUCUUCAAUGUUACUCUUGGCCGGUCGGAGGCAGAGGCGAGCGGCUGGGAAAAAACUUACCUCAAAGAGCUCGCAGAUGAGCUCUCUUCCGAAUCACAAGGGUCAACUCCCAAGCUCUCCUCCUCAAUCGCAGACCAGAUCCUCAUCGCGCGACUCUCCCUCGACCCAAAUGGUGAUGUCAUGAGCGACGAUGCCGAACACAUCCUCAUACUUGCGAGCUUACCGAAGGGACAGACCUCAUGGGACUACCUCAUCGCUUGUUGGAAGAAGGCAAGGACAGAGGAAAGCCGCGUGCGUAAGACGCUCUCACUCGCUGACCAGCCCAAGGCGCUUGCAGCCUUGGAAGAGAUCCGAGCUCUUCUCAUCUCAUACGCAGGUCUCGUUUUGCAAACACCCGACAUGUUCCCCAACGCCACAAAGCCGAACGGCACCCCGCUCUCGCCGAUGGUUCUGGUCGACAGCCUCACGCGCGUUUCAUCUUCCAUUUCCUCUUUGGGCUUCUCCAGCUCCGACGUUAGCUCUUCAUCACACAGCGCCACAGACCUUACAACAAAGUUCGAGACAGUCGAUGGAGACGAUCUUUCCGUCUUUCUCAACGAGCUCGCUGCCAGGUUCGGCAAUGACGAGGGACUUGACGAGAUUCUGGGACCUGCAUUCACAGAGUUGACAAGGAGGAUUCGAGAUGGGGACCGAGGCCCGGACACUCCUGCUCCUUCAAACUCCAUAACCAACGCGCUACCCGGGAACGGUCGAGUAGAUGCAGCUGCGCUUGGACAAGCUGUGGCCAACAACAAUGUCCAACAAGUCCUCGCUGAUCUUCUGGCAGGUCGCAUCCCGGGCGGACGAGCAGGCGCCGGUCCACAAGGAACAUUCCAGAAACCAAACGAAGGUCUCACCAUUGCUGGUCUCGAAUGGCGUCCAUAUGUCAACGCCGUCGUUGAGGCAGUCGAGAUCAAGCCCAUUGCUAGCAUGCUAGCGCAUCUGCCUAACUUUGACCCGCCCAACACGAUCGGCUCUCGCAUCGAGCUCGACUCGCUUUUCGGACCGAUGCUUCGUCUCUCUGCAUUCCCUGACGCCUACCCUAGCAUCGUACAGCACUACUUUGCGAACGCGGCUAGUCAAAACCAGCAAGAGGCGGAUAGCAACUUCCGCAGCAUCCAGAGCACUAUGGAGAUCGUCCACACGCUCAACUUCCGCAUCUUCAACGCUCUUGUUCGUUCCGGGCCACAGGCGCGUGAAAAGGUGCUGGCCUACUGGGGUCACGCUUGCGCCCUGAAUGCGAAGCGAGGAGCCAUGCAGGUGCAACAGGAGCUUGUAGCUAGUGACGGGUACAUGGUCAACCUUUACGAGAUGCUGCUACGCUUUGCAGAUCCGUUCAUCGAUGCAGGGUUGACCAAAAUCAACCGUAUUGACCUGGAGUACUUGCGCAAGCAGAUGCGAUUCGACAUCACCGAUCUCACCCGCAUCAAUGCCACGGAAGCCGAAGCGAAGGAAUGGACAGAGCGAGGGCGGGCAGAGCCAGCAGGUGCACCUGCCAACUUUAUCACUGAAGUCUUCUACUUGGCUGUCAGGCUUAACAAUCUUGGUCUUGGCAAAGCAGUGCGCCGCAUCGACGAGAAAGAGAAGGAGAUGGGCCGUUUCAAGAAGCGCAUCGCAGAGACGGAAGCUGAUCGGGCGAUGUGGUCUGCUUUGCCACAAGCACCGCAGUAUGAGACUUUCCUCAAGCGAGCCAAAGCUGAGGUGGAUCGUCUGCAUGGCGAAAUCUACGCUGCUCAGAGUCAGUUGAUGGCGCCUGACUUCUUGCAGAAGGUGAUCACGUUCAACUGUUUCCUCAUGACUUGGCUCAUUCGUGUCGCUGAGCCCAAGGCGACGCAUCCUCACCCGCAAGUUUCGCUUCCACUGCCGCAAGAUGUACCGACACGAUUCCGAAUGCUUCCAGAGCACAUGUUUGAGGACAUUUGCGAUGUGAUGCUCUUCGUCUCUCGUGUCAGUGCGCCAUUAUCAGAAGCAGGCAAGAACGAUUUGGUCACUUUCUGCACUACCUUUCUGAGCUCUGGUUGGUACAUCAAGAACCCUUUCUUGAAAGCCAAACUUGCCGAGAUCCUCUUCUACAACGUCAUUCCCUGGGGCCGCCACACGAACGGUAUUCUCAGCGAUACACUCAACAUCCAUGGUUUGGCUCUGCAGCAUCUGGUUCCUGCGCUGAUGAGCUUCUGGAUCGAAGCUGAAAAUACGGGCAGUCAUACGCAGUUCUACGAUAAGUUCAACAUCCGUUACCAUCUCUCGCAGAUCUUCAAGUCGAUUUGGAGUAAUCGCAAGCACAAGGAGCAGAUUCAUCGGCAGGCGCAAGCGAGCGAGUCGGACUUUGUUGUAUUCAUCAAUCGAUUGAUGAACGAUGUGACUUACUUGCUCGAUGAUGCGUUGGACAAGUUGCAAGAGUUGCACACGAAGCAGUCUGAAUCCGAGCAAGAAGCUGGAGGCUCUGCACAGGAACAACAGGAGCGAGAAGGACACAUUCGUGGUGUGGAACAGACGAUCAAGUCUGAUUUGCAAUUGGGAACAGAGUUCAUGCGGCUGCUUAUCGACUUUACGGGUGAGACAGCUGAUGCUUUCAUGACUGCAGAAGUUGUCGACAGAUUAGCAGCAAUGCUAGACUACAACCUGGACUUAAUGGCAGGACCCAAAUGUCAAAACCUCAAAGUCAAAGAUCCCAAGAAAGUGCACUUCGAACCGCGCAACCUGCUUCGAAUGAUCAUGUCGGUCUACCUCAACCUUUGCUCGAAAGGCGAAUUCGUCGCUGCCAUCGCCCGCGACGGUCGUUCAUACUCGAAACCGGUGUUCGAGAAAGCAGGUGGUAUCGCAGCGAAAUACAUGCUUAAAUCCCCACCCGAACUCGAUGCUUGGGCUGGAAUGAUCAGUCAAGUGGAGGAAAAGAGACAGAUGGAACAGGAUGAAGAGGAAGAUUUGGGCGAAGUGCCGGAUGAUUAUCUGGAUCCGUUGAUGGCUACGGUGAUGAAAGAUCCAGUGUUGUUACCGAGGAGUAAGACGGUGGUGGAUAGAUCGACGAUCAAGGCACAUUUGCUGAGUGAUUCUACGGAUCCGUUCAAUAGGUCGCCCUUGAAGAUUGAAGAUGUGAUUCCGGAUACGGAGUUGAAGCAAAAAAUUGAAGCUUGGAUUGCCGAGAGGAGGCGCAAGUAG